AUGGCUCCUUCCGUUCGAAGCAGAAUCUCAAAACGGCAGGCGCGACCAGACAGCUGCGCUUUCCGCGUGACAAAAUCCAGCAAAUUGAAUAUUCAAGCAGAAGUCAGCAAGCAAAAGAUUGAUGCGAUCGAAGAGUGCAUUCAAGCAAAAUCAAAACCGCAGUUGCAGCUACCCAAGCAAGAGCUAUCAUCAUCGAAAAAGAGACGGCGCGAUGAGUCUGACCUCGUAAAUGAGGAAGGCGCGACCCGGGCGCAGGAACCACUGAAGAAGGCACGACCGACCACAACUCUGCUCACUCCGCCAAUAUCAUCGCCUGAACCCGAGUGUUUACCAGAGACUUUGCAAGAGCUUGUCGCUUUACACAAAGUUUUCGUUCAGGCUCUGACCGUGCAUUUUGCUCACAAUGGCUCAAGAGACGCGGUACCCGUUCUUACGCUGAUGCCCUCGAUGACUAGGCUAUGGAAACGGAAAGCUGUGACUUUGCAAGAUAUACAACGCAUGCUUGCCAUAUGGGAGUGCACAUCAACGACUGCGACACAGGAGGUUACGUUUAGUAGAGGCCCUUUCAAACUUAUCACGACUGGUAUUGGAGCAAAUCAGCAGACCAGGAUCGAGUAUGCAUGGCAAAAUGCUCAAAGUACUUCCAUUGACGCUGGCAUGCACGCUAAGUACGAAAAAUCGAUCCAGAAACUACACCAGAGGGCACAAAUUGAUCCAGUAACCUAUGCUUUCGUACACGAAACGCUUCUACACUUCCCAAUUCUGAAAUGCCAGAUCGGCUCGCAAACUCAAAUGAGACAAGAGAAGAUCUCCUCGACUCGAGAUUAUAUCCUCUCAGAGACUGAGAAAGCAGUACCCGCGAAACCAAGCACGGCCACAGCAACAACAGAACCAGAUUUUACAAAGCUCAAUAUAAAUGAGCCAUUGGAGUCUACGAAACCCACUUCAUAUGAGGACAAGCUCAAAUCUCGUACCUUAGGUCUCUUCGACCGUCUCAAAGCUAAACAGCUUGCAAACAGCUCUUCUGCCACGCCCACCAGUGCCGAACUCUCUCGAAGACGUGCCCUACACCGCAUUCCAGAUGUACUGGACGUCCUGCGUCUGAAGCAAUCUCAAAAACUGAACACGCUCUUCCGAUCAGAUAUGGAUGGGCUAGUCAGUGGAACUCGUGCUCCAAGCAUGAAAGUCAGCUUCAGUUUAGAGCAGCUGGUGCAGGAAAUUCGGGAUAGUGGACGUGUGCCUAUUGCUCCGGAAGAGAUCAAGGAGUGCUUGAAGAUACUUGGAUCGGAGGUCCCUGAUACUUGGUGUAGAACAUAUUUUGGGAGUGGGUUGCAGUGCGUCACAUUGCAAGGGGAGGGAUGGCCGAAGGAUGCGGUUAGGGAGUGGUGCUCGAAGGAGAUUGCAAAGUCUAACUCGAAAUCGUGA